AUGUAAUUAAAAUAAGAAUAAUUAUUACAAAUAGUUAAAGAGGAAUUAAUAAAAAAAUCAAAAGAGAAGCAUGUUGAAUAAGUGAUAUAAUUACUAACUCCAGAUUUAGUUCAAUAUAUGAUUGUAAAUGACCUUCCAAUAUAUGAAGAUCAUUUAAAAGAAAUCUUAUAUGAUUAAUCAAAAGAACAUAUUGGAACAGUUAUUCAAGAUUUAGAAUACAAAAAAAAUCUCAAAGCUUAACAAGAUGAAAUGGAAAGAUAAAUAUUUCUAAAAAAAACUUAAAAAAGAAAAUAGAAAUUACUUUCAUUACAAUAAAACAAUCCAGAACUAUUUCUCUAAAAAACAUAACCAUAAUAACCUUAAACUUAAAUGGUCUAAUUAUAAAAUAAUUUUGCCAAAUUAAUUUAAAAUUUUACAUAAUUAGUGGCAGCAUAAGUUGUGUAAGAAAUUAAAUAGCCAAUAAGAAAAGGAAAGAAGAAACAUAAACGACCAUCUACUCCUGAUUUUGAAUAAUCAAUAGAACAAGAUUAAAAUUAAUAAAUAUAGUAAUAACCUUAAGUAUAGGAUUAACAAAAAAAUAAUAACAAAUAAAAUUCAAAAAAUAAACUAAUAACUGAAAAAAAACAAUAUUCUCCUUCAAAAAUUAUAUAAAAUAAUUAAUAAAUCUAAUUUUAAUAGAAAUAAUAAUAACAUAAUGAGUAGGAUUUAGAAGAAGACUUUCUCUCUAAUGAAAGUUUUCCUAAAUAAAAUAUUAAUCUAAAAAUACAAAAUUAAAAUCCAAUAUAACAAAGUUACUUAACUAAUCAAUAAUAGUCAUCAUAUUUAGAUCCUUAAUAAUCAAUGGGGUAUUCAUAAUCUAAUUAAGAAUCAAAAAUUUAAAAAUUUGAAGAAUAGUCUAAAUAGUAAACAAUACCAGGUUCAAGAUCAAUAAAAUACGAUGAUUUAGAAUAAGAUUAUUCAUCGGGAGAUUUAGAAUCAUAUGAUGAUGUUGAACCUCUUCAAAAUAACAAAUCUAAAUUUCAAAAUUAAUCUAACCCUCAAAAUUAGCUCCAAUAAAGUUCAGAUGAUUAUCCAGAUGAUUUUAUAGAAGAAUCGAAUGAUAAAUUUUAAUAAAAUACUAGCAAUUUUUAUAAACCAAAAUAAUAAGCUCCACCUCCUGAACAAAUAGAUUUUGAUGAUGAUAUUGAAGACUUAUUAUUAUGA